GAGUGCUCCGUAACAGGAAGGAAAUACACGUACGGUGAAGUGCUGGACAAGGGCUUAAGGUUUUGGAGGCAUCGUGAACACCUUCCUUCCUCCUGCCUCCUCCUCCGCCUCCCCGGAAGAGAAGAUCAGAACAGUUACCUUCUUCUCCCAAAAUUGUCCGGAGUUCCCCAUAUUCCUGCUGGGGGACUCUGGCUACUGGCGCGACCUUGGCUACUAUUAACUCCAACUACACGGCAGCCGAGGUGGCGAGGCAGCUGGCGCACAGUGAGGCAGGCUUGGUGGUGACGGAGCCGCUGCUGGAGGGCAUGGUGAGGGAGGCUCUAGUCAAGCUGGGGAAGGAUCUGCCAGUGAUGGUGAACGGCGUGUCUCAGCAAGGCUACCCUAAUGUGAGGGACAUGUUGGCUGACCCAGCCAGGCCCUUCUGCGACCUGGUGCAGACGCACCCUGAGGACAUGGCGGUGAUGCUGUUCUCCAGCGGCACCACGGGGCCUCCCAAGGGCGUGCAGCUGUCCCACAGGGCCUUCACGUCCAACCUGACCUUCUUCACCCAUCCAAAAAUCUUCCCUUACCAUCCUUCUAAGGAGGGGGAGGCGCAGGAAGUGGUGACAGGCCUUCUUCCUUACUACCAUAUAUACGGGCUGUACGUGGUAACCCUCCUCAGCAUGUACCAGGGAGCCAAGGUGGUCUCCUUCCCCUCUUUCGAUCCAUUCAGCUUCGUCAGAGUCGUGCGAGAACAAAAGGUUGGAAUCGUACACAUGGUUCCUCCGAUCCUGAACUUCCUGACCAUGAGUGACAAGGUGACCUCAGCCGACCUGGUCAGCGUGAGGGGCGCCAUGUGUGCCGCUGCCCCUGUGCCCUCCAGCACUGCCAAACUCUUCAAGGAGAAAGCACCCAACCCUGUCAUAUUCCAGGAAGGCUUCGGCAUGACGGAGACCCUGGGCAGCCACAUGACGCCCCUGGACGAUGAGAGGCUAGGCUACUGCGGGAAAGUGGUGCCCAAUGUAAUGGCGAAGGUUAUCAACGCGGAGGGGGAAGCCUUGCCGGAGGGGGAGAGAGGAGAGCUGUGUAUCAAGAGUCCCUCGCUAAUGACGGGCUACUACAAGAACCCGACAGUCACGGCCCAGACCCUUGACGCCGAGGGCUGGCUGCACACUGGCGACGUGGCGAUACACACUGACGGCUUCUUCAGCAUCGUGGACAGGCUGAAGGAACUCAUCAAGGUGAAAGGCUUCCAGGUCUCGCCCUCGGAACUGGAAGACGUCUUACUGGAACACACGGCCGUGGCUGACGUGGCGGUCAUUGGCAUACCAGACGACCGCGCUGGAGAACUCCCUCGCGCCUACAUCGUGCGCUCCUCCUCCUCCUGCAGCGAGGAGGACAUACACGGCUUCCUGAAGGAGAGAGUGGCGGAAUUCAAACAGCUGAAGGGCGGCGUGAGAUUCGUAGAUGCGCUGCCCAAGAAUCAAACUGGGAAGGUUUUGAAGAGAGAACUGCAGGAAUUAGCGGCUAAGGAAGGAUAAGGAUUUCUCUCUCUCUCUCUCUCUCUCUCUCUCUCUCUCUCUCUCUCUCUCUCUCUCUCUCUCUCUCUCUCUCUCAUUUUUUUCUUUUCUUUUUUUCAGAUUUUUUUAUUUUCUACUCGUUUUUUCUCGUUUCUGAGUUUUCCUUUUUUUUAUGUUUAUUAUUAGGUGGAUUUUUUUUUUUUCUCGUUAAUCUUUUGUUUUCAUUUGUGAGACUGAAUCCUCAUGUUAAUGGUGGCACAUCUGAAGAAGGGGGAUAAGAAUAACAACAGUAAUGACAAGGAGAUGAAGAACAAGGAGGAGAAUGAAGAAUAAUAUUGACCGAAAAAAAAAAAAAUGUAUAUGGUGCUAAAUGAAAGAAAACGGAACAAACAGGAGUAAAAUUUCAGGAACCAGACCAAUGAAGGAGGAGGAGGAGGAGGAGGAGAGGUAGACUGAAGGAUGAAACAAAGUAGGAUUGAAAGACAGAAAGAGAUUGAAGUGAACAAGGAAAGACUGUACGGUACAAUUAUAUAAUCACCUUAGAGACCGUACGAUAUAUAUAUGCUUAUCACUCAUCAUACCUACCAAGAUGAAUAGUGAUGAUAUACUCGCCUAGCUUUUGUACACUUCAGAUUUCAAACGUAUAAUUGUAGAACGAGUGUCUAAAAUUAAAUGGUUUGUCUAAUUAAGAUAGUUGUUAAGAUAUUACAUUUAUUUUGAGUUUGUUUAAAGGAAGAUUGUUAAUAGUGGAGAUGUGAUUGUCUAAUGAAGAUAGUUAUUAAAAUAUUACCAUUA